AUGAUGAUUCUACAAUAAUAGCUGAUACUGAAAGUACUACUAGUGAUGCAGAAAUUUUACAAUUUAAGUGGGAUAAAAUAGCUUUUAAACAAGCUCAAGAAUUAUUUAAUAUAGAUAAUAACGAAGUUAAUAAUGGAGAAAGUAAUUAUCAGAUCGAAAAUAGUUUUAAUAUUAAUGAUAUAUUAACAUCAUGUAUUGUUUUAGAUAUAAUUGAUAGUUUAAUACAAUACUGUUCUGAAAAAGCAUCAAAUCAACAUCCUUUAACUCAACUAAUAGGCAGUGGAAAAAAGCUAUUUUCAUGUGAAAAUAAGCAUAAAGAUGAUACAACUAAAGCACUUGAACUAUUAGGACAAUGGAUUUUAAAUGUAGCAGCAUCAGAAGAAAUCAAGCCAAAAGAAGAAUUAUUAAUAAAAUUAAAUCCAGUAUUAACAUUGUUUAAUCAAUCAAUAUCUAAACAAUCAAUAUCGCAAGUACAAAAUAAUUUACAAUACCCUUCAAGUUUAUUUCUUAUAAAAAUUGCUUUACGAGUUGGAAAAGUUGAUUAUAUAAAAUUAAUUAAUAAAAGUUAUAAUUUUAUAUCAAAGACUUCAAAAAUAGCUGGGGAAACAUUCG